UUCUGACACUAAAUGUCAGUGUCAAGUAUAGAGAUCCACGUUUUCUUACUAUAGUAAACAAUAAAAUCGAAAAUAAAACAACAAUUUCACCAUGGGGAAGCUGGACGUUGCAAUUUUACGGUAUUUAACGGGAGAGGAUUUUCGGGUAUUAACUGCAGUGGAAAUGGGUAUGAAAAAUCAUGAGUUAGUGCCAGGUUCCCUCGUCGCAUCAAUAGCAAACUUACGCCACGGCGGAGUACACAAACUGAUGAAGGAACUCUGUAAACAUAGAUUGUUGACAUAUGAACGUGGAAAACAUUAUGAUGGAUACAGGCUCACAAAUGCUGGUUAUGACUACUUAGCCCUGAAGGCCCUGACUAACAGGAAGGUGAUAGCUUCCUUUGGAAACCAGAUUGGAGUGGGGAAGGAGUCUAAUAUUUACACAGUAGCUGAUGAGGAUCGCAACCCUUUGUGUUUGAAGCUGCAUAGGCUCGGCCGCACCUGCUUCCGCAACAUUAAGAGCAAACGAGAUUACCACGCUCACCGCAACAAUGCCUCCUGGCUCUACCUAUCCCGCAUUUCGGCGACCAAGGAAUUUGCUUACAUGAAGGCGCUGUACGACAGAGACUUCCCCGUCCCCAAGCCCAUUGACUUCAACAGGCACUGUGUUGUUAUGCAACUGGUGAAUGGAGGGCCAUUAACACACGUCACAGCAGUAGAAGACCCUGGAGCGUUGUACGAUGAGCUGAUGAACCUGAUAGUACGUCUCGGCAACUGCGGCGUCAUCCACGGCGAUUUCAACGAGUUCAACAUCAUGAUUGACGAGGACAACCAUCCCAUCAUCAUAGACUUCCCGCAAAUGGUCUCCACCUCACAUUCUAAUGCCGAACUUUACUUCGACCGCGACGUGCGUUGCGUCCGCGAGUUCUUUAAGAAGCGCUUCGGCUACGAGUCAGACCUGUACCCCAAGUUCAGUGAGCUGGAGCGUGAUGACGUAUUAGACACGGAAGUCGCUUGCUCCGGCUACAAGCGCACCAAGGACGUUGAUAACGACCUGCUUGAGGAAAUGGGCAUCGGCCUUGAAGUAAGCGAUGAUGAGGCUGACUCCGAAGACGAUGACCAGGAUGCGGCAGAGAGCGCUAACAAGUACACAGAACAGGACCUCGAUGAACUCAGGAAAGAGGUGGAUGCCUCCAUAAAGAAUGAUGAAACCGUUAUAAAUCAAAUCACUGAAAUAACAGUAAACUUUACCAUAUCUGAGAAAGUCCCUGAACAUACAAAAGAAAUUAACAGCAAAGAGGAUAAAAAACAAAUCAACGAAGAAGAUGAUGAAGUACCAACUUUAGUGCAAGCAGAAGAAAAUGGCGACUUGGAUAAAAACUCCCAGAAAUACAGACUCGCUAUGAUAGAAAAGGCGUUAUCAGAUGUUAGGUCUAUGAGGACUUAUACGUCUGCUAGUACGAUAGCCCCAGAAGUAGUUAAGCAACAAGUGAAGAAGAAUCUAGAAAUAAGACAGAAGAAAAUGGAUAGGAAGAAGGCUAUCGCGAAAGGUGAGGCGAGCGCUGUCACCCGGCACCGCAGGGAUAACAGGGAAACUAUUAGGGAGAGCCACGGGCUGUGGGGCUGGGAUGAAUAAAACUUGUAUGUAUUUAAA